AUGACCCUCACCGUCAUCUUUGCCAUCGCCAUCGCUCUGGGCCUUGGUGCCGCCCUUCCUCAAACCCAGCACCCAACAUGCAAAGACGUUGCACAGGUGGAGGGCGUUAGCUGUCUCGACUUCACUGGAUCUGAUGGUGUUCCCACUGCCGUGUUCAUGAAUGCUGGCUCUUUCACUCCCCACAGGGAAAGGGACCUGGUGGCUGCUAAUUGGGGCUACACCAACAACGAUGAGCAUCUAUGCCAGGACGACUACCUCUAUUUCGACCGUCACGACAAGAACUCUCCAAGUGCUGACGAGUGCGCUCGUGUCCGCGACUGGCUUCGAGCCAAUAAAGGGCGAUUCUACGUUAAUGAUGGCAUGCAACAGAUUCAGACCUGGACCCCGCUAGUCUGGACGGAUGGUUGCGCUUUCGUUACUAACUCGCCCGGUAACCCCAGCGCGAACGGAUACUACCUCGGAAACAAGGACGUCGGCGACGUUGUCGACGAUGCUGUCACCAAUCACGCAAAGGAUGGCAAGGUUGAAGGACGUGGUGAUCGGCAUUGCACGGAUGGCGGAAAUAACUACGUGCUCGUCAAGUUCUGGCUCUUGGCCACUGACUCCAUCCCCAACACACACCAACCUGGUACAUAG